CCACCGAUAUAAAAUCCGCCUCCGCCUUUCUUCGCGAAAACCCUCGAGUUUCCACUCAUAGAAAGACACAGGCCAAGAGAGCGAGAGAAGAAACCAAACCAUGGUGUCUUUGAAGCUCCAGAAGCGGCUUGCCGCGAGCGUCCUCAAGUGCGGGCGUGGCAAGGUCUGGCUCGACCCUAAUGAAAUCAAUGAAAUCUCCAUGGCCAAUUCCAGGCAGAAUGUUAGGAAACUGGUGAAGGAUGGUUUCAUUAUCAAGAAGCCUACCAAGAUUCACUCCCGUUCUCGUGCACGCAGAAUGAAGGAGGCCAAGAGAAAGGGCCGACACUCUGGAUAUGGUAAAAGGAAGGGUACCAGGGAGGCAAGGUUGCCAACGAAGAUCCUUUGGAUGAGGAGAAUGCGUGUAUUGAGGCGUCUUCUCCGUAAGUACAGGGAGUCCAAGAAGAUUGACAAGCACAUGUACCAUGACAUGUACAUGAAAGUCAAGGGUAAUGUGUUUAAAAACAAGCGUGUUUUGAUGGAAAGUAUCCACAAGUCCAAGGCAGAGAAGGCAAGAGAGAAGACACUUUCUGAUCAGUUCGAGGCCAAGCGUGCCAAGAACAAGGCAAGCAGGGAGAGGAAGUUGGCCAGAAGGGAGGAACGCCUUGCACAGGGACCAGGUGAGAAGGCAGCACCUGCAUCUGCACCUCAACAGGCCGAGGGAGUUAAGAAAUUGAAGAAGUGAAUGAAAUCAUGAAGAUCGCCAAACUUUAUAUGCUAAUGCCUUUUGUUUCCUUUGUAGGAGUUUGUUUGCAAAACUCUGUUUUCAUUUAUGUUAAAACUUUUAAUUAUAAAUUACGGAAUUUUUGAAACCUGUGAGCUGUUAUGUUGGAUGAAAAUGUUUGUGAUAUUAGUUUAUUGUUGAAUUACCAUGCA